AUGGACUCCUCGUCGAGGCUGCCGCGGCCCUCGGGCAUCCCGCGCGCCUCCGGCAUCCCUCGCCCGUCUGGCAUACCCAAGCCCUCCACCCUGCCCGUCCCGCAGAGACCCGGCCGCGCAUCCGUCAGUCCUGCGCCCUCUGAACGUUUGCGCCCCAGUUCUUCCCUGCGCGCCGCUCCCAGCCCUCGCGCCUCCUCCACGCCCCGCCCGCCCGUCGGCACCGGCAUUCCCGCCAGGCCUGCCGCGAGGAAGGACGACGAUGUCUUCAAGAAGCCAAUUGCGCGCCCGGCGUCGCGCCAGGCCCGGUCGCGCAUCCAGCGCCCCGCCGUGUCCGCCAUCAACACCACAAACGUAGAGCAGGAAGACGACGUGCUGGGCGACUUGGACGGCUUCCGCACCUCGUCAAGGCUGAGUCACCGCGACGGCCACAGCGGCGAGUUUGACUCUGGCCUCGACGAGGGGCAGCCCCGCGAGCGGCCCGGAGCCAGGCAGGAAGGUGGAUCCACAAAACGCGAGCCCUCGCUGACCGACCGCACACUCGAGAGCCUGGGUCGUAUCAUGGCUGAGCCGACUUCGCCGUCCUCACGUUCUACCAGCUGGUAUCCAAAUCCCACAAGCCCCGGCAUGGGCCCUCCAGGCCGGCCCGCUUCUGCCAUGAGUUCUAGAGCAUCGAGGCCUGCUUCCCGUACUGCCGGCGCCUUCAGGAGCAGUAGUCAAAGGCCCAUUACCCCGACUCUGAGGCCGCCGAGCAGCAUGUCGCGUGCUUCGAGCACCACACGUAGUUCGCAAAAUCAACGAAGCGCAAGUGCAGCGCCGAGAUCUCCAGCUGCUAGUACUGAUAGUCAGCCCAUGUCUCCGGCAGCAUUUGAGCAAGAUUCUGAAUCAGAGGCAAACCUCAUGAGCCCCAUAGGUCUCAAGAGCCCUGAUAGCCUUAAGAGUCCUCAGCUCGUCGGCUCCACAGACGUUGCAAGUCCCAGCGCGCGGGUGUCGAAAACUCCAUUCGGCUUUAGUAAGGCAACGGUCCGCAAGCUGCCCAGGACGCGUCCGCCUGCUGCUGCUAACCCAGAUGACAACCUCCUUUCUCCAAUAGAGGCUCCUGAGUCGGAGACGGAGCGAACGUUGCCAAGCCGGCCCACUACUUCGGCCAAGAAGGCACCGGCAAAGGUAGAGGCGUCCGAUCCUUCGUCAAAGGUCAAGAGCUCUUCUUCUGCGCUGAGGGAGCAAAUAGCAAAGGCAAAGAGUGCACGUAAGACCGCGCCGACAAAGCCAGCUAUGCCAGUUACGAAUGACGCACCCGUUGGAGGAGGGGAUAUUGAUGCAUUUGAGGAUCCAUUCAACCAAAUGCCGAAGGGAGGAGCGGCGGUGAUUAAGAAGAGAGUCGAUACUGCCAGAUCAGAUGGUCGCCUCAACAUUGCAAACAUGGGUCUGAGUGAAAUUCCAAAGGAAGUCAUGACCAUGUACGAGUAUAAUCCUGAUGCGGGAAUCGAGUGGUCCGCGUCUGUCGAUCUUGUCCGCUUCAAUGCUGCAGAUAACGACAUUGAAAGACUCCCAGAAGACUUGUUCCCGGACAUUGACCCCGCGGAGGCCGCUGAGGAUAUGGAUGCAGUAGGGCCGCAAUUUGGCGGCUUGGAGAUGUUGGACCUCCACGGAAACAUAAUGACAGAGCUUCCUGUCGGUCUACGAAGAUUAGAGGGGCUCACCAUCCUGAACUUGUCGCGGAACCGCCUUCACAACGAUGCCUUCGAGGUGAUCUCCCAAAUCGGAUCUCUGCGCGAGCUGAGGAUAGCCGAAAACGAUUUGGAGGGAGAUCUUCCCCAAUCAAUAGGCUCUCUGAACAACCUUGAAGUUCUGGAGCUUCAAGGUAACAGGAUUGCUCGACUCCCAGAUGCUCUGCGUGAGCUCGUCAACCUUCGAGUUCUGAACGUCAACACCAACGGAAUGUCUUCGCUUCCGAUGGAUGUACUAGCAGCCUUGCCCCUUGCGGAACUCUUCGCUUCCAAGAAUGCUCUCCGUGGAACAUUCUUCCCAGAGACCGUAACGGAAAUGUCGCGCUUGCAGACCCUCGAUCUAUCUGGCAACGCUCUCACUUCCUUGGGCUCAUCCGACCUGUCAAUGCCGGCAUUGAAGUCCCUGAAUUUGUCGAUCAAUCGUAUCGAGACGCUGCCAGAUUUGACUAGAUGGACUAGCCUCUUGACUCUACUAGUGGAAGAGAACAAGUUAUCCGAGUUUCCCGCCGGCUUCACGUCAUUAAGGGCGCUCAGGCAAGCCAAUUUCAACGGCAACAACAUCUCGAAGCUGGAGCCCGAGAUCGCGCAGAUGGACAGCCUCGAUAUGCUAACACUAGCAGCCAAUCCAUUGCGGGAGCGUAAGUUCCUUACUAUGAACGCUGAGGAUCUAAAGAGCGAACUCAAGAGGCGGCACAAUACAACUGCAGCUGGGGUCGACGGGUCGAACGAGGCGGGCGACGGCGUCGAAGAUGUCGCCAACGGGAUCAUCCCCGCCAACAGCAUGUGGGCCAUGAAGCCCGGCGGUCUCCUCGACCUCUCGUCCAAAUCCCUCGCGGUGCUGCACGAGAACGAAUUCAGCCCGGUCGCCUCGGCCUGCCGCCAGCUCGUCCUGCACCACAACUUCUACACGCACAUCCCGGACUCGAUCUCGCUCGCGACCAACAUCACCCUCCUCGACCUCUCCAACAACCGCCUCACCACCACCUUCACCGACGCCGUCUCCCUCCCCGCCCUGCGCGACCUCCGCCUCGCCGCCAACAAGCUCCCCUCGCUCGACUUCCUCGCCGCCCACCUCGCCGCGCCCCGCCUGCACGCCCUCGACGUCUCGGCCAACCACAUCACCGGCGCCCUGCCCCUCCUCCGCGCCCGCUUCCCCCACCUCACGACCUUGCUCGCCUCGGACAAUGGCAUCGACGAGAUAUCCGUCACCGCCCUCGCCGGCCUGCAAGUCGUCGGCCUCGCCAACAACAGCAUCGGCCGUAUCCCGCCCGAGGUCGGCCUCCUGUGGGACGAGGGCCUCAAGAGCCUCGAGAUCGAGGGCAACACGUUUCGCGUCCCGACCUACGCGACGCUCAAGCGCGGGACCGAGGCCGUCAUGGCGUGGUUGAGGGAUAAGAUCCCGGCUGCGCCGCCGCCGCCGCCGCCGAAGGAGGUGGAGGAGGGGGGAGCUGGGUCGUGGGAGGAUGAGACGUUUUAG